AUGAAAUUUGCAGAUCAACUUACAGAGUCUGUGAUUCCUGAAUGGAAGGAUAAAUAUAUUGAUUAUAAAAUUGGUAAAAAAAGAUUAAAAUAUCAUUAUGGGAAAUUGCCAAAGGAUCCAUUUUUAGCAAGAUUAAAUGAAGAACAACAUAUUGUAGAUAAUAAUAAUAAUUUAUCAACAAUCUCAAGAGAAAAUAGUGGAUUGGAAUUAAAUAUAAGAAGAAAUGAUAUAGAAAAUGAACAAAGUCAUGAUGAAAAUGAUUUAGAUGCAAUGUCUAUAGAAUCAACAAGAUCGAUCUCAGCUGCAUCACAUUUAGCAAAAUUAAGAAAAAAUAAUUAUCAUAGUCGUUCAAAUGAUUCAUUUAAUAGCUUAAUGAGAUCAUCUUCAACACCAAUGAUUCCAAAUUUAAUUACAGGUAACCCGCGUGAUAGUACCAAUAAUGGUCGUAGUGGUAGUAGUGGUAGUGGUAGUGGUAAAAAAGGUAAUAAACGUAGAAAUAGAAAUAAUAGAAAGAAAAAUGCGAAUAAAAAUAAUUCUUUUAAGAAAGAAAAAAUUAUUUACUCAAGAUUACAAAAGACUGCCGUUAAAGAUUUUAUUGAAGAUUGGUUGAUUGCUAUUGAAUUGACUAAAUGUAACGAUUUUUAUAUUUGGCUAUUAGAUGAAUGUGGUACUAAAUUUGGUGUAUUAAAGACACAAAUGCAUAUGUAUAAGCUUCAAAGGGAUAAAAUAAUCGAUCCAACAAGUGAUGAUAAUCAAUCUUUGAAAUCAGGUACAUUAGAUAAUGUCAGUACAUACGGUUCCACUUUACCUCAAUUUCAAGAAGAUAAUAAUCUAUCAGAAACAGAGAUUGAGACCACUGCGGCAGCUGGUAUGACUGCUAGUGAUUCCUUAACUGGAAAACCAAAACAACAAACACCAGGUCUAAGAUCGAAUAUAAAAUAUUUCUUAAAACAAAAGAAUUUAUUACCAUCUUGGCCUAAGAACGCAUUUAAACAUAAAAUCUUGGAAGAAAAAGAACUUUCAAGAUCUGCUUCGGGGAUGUCAUUAGCAUCCUUAAAUAAUGGUAGUGAUGACGAUGAUCGUAAUUCUAAUAUUAGAUAUGGAUCUCCAACUUUAAGUGCUAUCUUAAAUCCUGCCAAGGAGACAUUCGCUUAUGAUUUGUCAUUAGUUUCUGAUGAAAUGACUUUACCUCGCGCUCAAAGAUUGUUGAAUGAAGCAAUAUUAGAGUUUUAUCUUUUCCUUCAGCUGGUUAAAGCCUAUAGAGAUUUAAAUGUGACUGGUUUCCGUAAGAUAGUUAAGAAAUUUGAUAAAACUUUAGGUACAAAUGAAUUACCAAGAUUCAUGAAAUAUGCAAGAGAUAAUUAUUCUCUAUUUAAACAUGUUAAUAACAAUGUUAAAUUAAUGGCUCAACACAUGAAGCGUACCAGUUCAUACCAUAUUCUUACUGAUUUGGUUCCAAACAGUCCUAAGGAUGAUCCAUUGUUAUGGUGGGAAACAAGAGCCAGAACUUGGUAUUGUACCGAUCUAACUAAUUCUCCACAUGAUAUGAAGAAAAAAAGAGAUAAGCUAAAAAAAUUGAACAUUGAAUACACAUUGAACGAAAGUAUGAUACAUCGUAACAAUAGGUCCACUUUGCAAAUGACUACCGCUGGUUUGUUCAUUGGAUUUUCUUUUUCAAUUUUCUUAUACACAUUAUAUCUCUCAUUCACAUCGGCAGCAGUAUCAUACAACCGUAAAAUUCUAUUUCCCUUAUGGGGUGGUUGGUAUAUGACCCUUUUGAUGCUGAUUCUUUUCCAAGUGAAUUGCUUUAUAUGGCAUAGAGCAGGUAUUAACUAUAAAUUCAUUAUGUUUGGAGAAGUUAAGACUAGAAGUGGGACACAGAUGUAUAAUAAUGAUUUUGCAACAACUGGUAUUUCGCUCAAACUGUAUUAUGUUUCAUUUUAUGUUUUGUUGACUUGUAUUUGUGCUGGUCUAAGUUUUAAAUUACAGCAACUUUCGCCUUGGAGUUUUGUCGCAAUGGCUUCUGUGUUUAUUUUAUUUUUCAUGCCACCAAACUUUAUUCCAUAUUGGGACAAGGUUGUCCAGACUAGAAAUUGGCUUAUUAUUACUUCUAUCAGAUUAGCCUGUUCGGGUAUUUUUCCUGUAGAGUUCGGUGAUUUCUUCUUAGGUGAUAUUGUAUGUUCCCUUACCUAUUCUAUUGCUGAUAUUGCCAUGUUCGCUUGUAUUUAUUCUACAAACGAGCAAGGUUUGUGUGGUUCUUCUCAUUCUAAAUCAAUGGGUGUCCUAUCCUCAAUUCCAAGUUAUUGGAGACUGCUUCAAUGUAUUAGAAGAUUCUUAGAUUCUGGGGAUUGGUUUCCUCAUCUGAUAAAUGCUAUCAAGUAUAGUUUUGGUGUUGGUUAUCAAGCAACUCUAUGUGCCUACAGAUUGGAUCCAUUUAAUGAGCAACGUAGGACAUAUUUCAUUAUUGUUUCCACUAUGAACUCUGUCUUGACCUCUAUUUGGGAUUUGAUUAUUGAUUGGUCUCUUUUCCAACCAUCAUACAGGAAUUUAUUUUUAAGAGACGAUCUAUAUUUAGCUGGUAAAAGAAAUUGGGAAGAUGGAUCCUAUAAUCCAAGAAGAAAAGCAUUGUAUUACGCGGCUAUGGUUUGGGAUGUGCUUAUUAGAUUCCAAUGGGUCGUGUAUGCUGUUGCACCUCAGUCCAUCCAACAAAGUGCAAAGACAUCGUUUGUACUUGCCCUAACAGAGCUAUUGAGAAGAUUUGUUUGGGUCAUUUUCCGUAUUGAGAAUGAACACGUAGCAAAUGUGCAUCUAUUUAGAGUCACUGGUGAUUCUCCACUCCCAUAUCCUGUUUUACCUAGUAGUGAUACUAAUAACAUCGUGAAACAGGCUCAGACGACUAGAUACUUACUUCGCAGACAAUCCAGUGAAGAAUCAGAACCAAUCAUGCAAAGUUCCUCUACUGCCCAUCCAUUAUCAAAUGUUAAUCAAGGCUUUAGACGUCCAUCUGCAGCAUAUCAUACUUUGACAAGAAGGAAUGCCACUAUGUUUGGGAAAAUAUCGGAUUCUAUUCCAUGGGUUCAUGCGACGGAUUUCCAAAGGCCCGUUGCUACGCCAUUAAAUGAUCCAUCAGACGUACAAAUAGAAAAUGAUGAGCAUUCGCCUUUUGAUAGCGAUACAGAAUCUGAGGCAGGGAUGUGA